AUGUGUAGUGGUAGUGCUGAGCAUCAUGAGUCGUAUCGUCAGCCGCCCGACGCCACAUGGGCCGCAUGCUCGACUUCACCGCAUGCGGGGCUGUGCGACGGCGGGUUUCAUGCGUCCGGUCAGGCUCUUUUGUACAUAGAUCUAGAGGGGGCGGCAUGCGAGUUGGACUUGUGGGAGGAGUGGUUCGCAUCAAGGACCGAUAGGCGAGCUGCGGGCGGGCAAAUGCUGGGGCUGCUGCAGCGCGGUGAGAAGGGCUUGGGCAGACAGGCAGACUUGAGGCACUGCCCUACAGUCAAAAGAGUUUGCUUUUCUCCCACCACAUGGUCGAGCGUGCUGGGUGGUGCUGUCGAGGUCUCAGAGAUUGACGUCAUCCCCCAGACCAUAGCAUACAAGCAGCCCCAGGACUUCAAACUGGGCACAGCGGCCCCAUUCUCGCAGUUGCGCCUGAUCCCGCCCGCUUUGCUCAAAAACGAGACGUGA